GAUGACGUGAAAGAUUGUCGGACAGAGUUUGUGUGUGGGCCUCAACUGUGCGUUGGAACUGUAAUGUUUAUUAAACGAAAGCUAAAGAGCUCUAAAUUGACACGAUUGUUGUUUAUGUAACCACGUCUGGCACUAAUUUACAUCAUUGGAAAGAAGAUACUUCCACGAAGAGUGAACAUCUAAAGCACCAAUGUCAAAACAUCCAGAAAGCAAUGGGUCCUGGUUUCCAAAGAGCAGUGCACAGUCCCAACCAGGCAGCAAUAGAUCAUUCCAGACAUACUUCCCGUCGACAACAAACUCUCCACCAGUGGUGUGGGAGAACAGAACUGAGUAUCAGGCCCCAUCACAGAAUUUCUACAAUUCAUAUGGAGCACCAUAUAACAUAAAAACAAGUCAGCAACCUCACCACUCAGAAGUAUCUGGUCCCCCAUCUUGGGACUGGGAUGCAGCACAGAUUAACCACCAACAGUUCCAACAGCCAGUGGCAUACCACCACCAGCAGCAACAGCACCAUCAACAGCAACAACAUCAUCAUCAGCAACAACACCAACAGCAGCAGCAGCAGCAGCAGCAGCAGCAACACCACCACCACCACCAACACCAUCCUGAACAUCAUCAGCAACACCAUCAACAGUCUCACAGUUUUCAGCAUCAGCAACAACAGUAUCAUCAGUAUGCAGGAUAUUCACAAGAUGCCAAUCAGGAUCCUUGGAACUGGGGCUGGGAUGACUCCUCUAAUUAUACAGAACCACAGAACAAUAAUAGGGGCAAUAGCAGCAGUCCUGGCAACAAUAACAGUAAUCCAGAUCAUACUUGGAAUUGGUCUGUUGAAGGAGCAUCAAUGUAUCAGAGUAGUUUGACACAAGUUGACAGUAAUGCCUCAAAUCCAUCUGCUUUAUCACUAACAAGUUCAUUCAGUGAUACGUCCCAGUCAUUGGCUCAAGUGAAUAACAGAAGUGAAAAUCUGAAGAACAAUGCAAGUACUUACCAUGCAGAGCAAACACCUAGCACUGCUAGUGUCACAAGUGGUGAUAAUAGUACUGGCACGAAUUUCUCUAGUGUUAAUCCUUCAUUAAGUGAUACAGAUGUAAAAAAUACAUUUGUAGACACAAAUGUUAACAACACAGAUCAUAAUGUGACACGUGUUACAGAAAAAUCAGAUUAUGCAAGAACUGAUCAAAUUACUAGUGUACAUCAAGGUGUGUUAGGUACAGAUAAAGUGACAGAUAUUUGGCGGAGUGAAUUACCGGAUAGUAUGUCAUCUGUAGACAACCAUUACAAAGAAACUGUUUCUGGCCAAUCUAGCUGGACUACAAAUGUGGGAGGAAAAGACCAACCGAGUGAUGUCAUUACUAAUGAUAUUAGAAAUGGUGAAUGUAAUGAUUCGGUUGCAGUAAGGAGUACACAAAUGCAAGACCAUAAAGAAGCUAUGCCACAGGCAAAUGAUUUAGAAAAUGUUGCAGCAAUGGCAGAUAGUGUGAAACGUACAGUGUGUGCAAAUGAUGUGCAGCAGUGUGAUGGUAGCAGCUCUGCAAAUGUACAAGUAGCAGAUGAGUGUGUUCACAACCAGAGAGUAGAAGGUCUUAUACAGCCCAGAGAUUCCAGUGUUCCUGCUGAUAUUACAGACACAGGAGAAAGCUCUAAGGAUAAUUCAAACAGUAUUGCAGAAGCAAAGGAACAUGUUGCUUCUUUAUUGGCUCAAGAUGAAACCAAGAUUGUGUCUGUGCUAGAGCCAGAAAGAAGUAAGACUUUUUCAGAUACUAAUUCAGUAGAUAAUAAGCAAGAGGACAUUGUUCAGAUUGAUUCAGAUUUGGCUACUGUUAACUUGGAGGCAAAUGAAAAUAGGAUUGAGACAGAAUGUCAUGCACCUGCAAGUAUUGGUACAAAUGUUUUAGAUAUAUCUGAUGUGAACUGCACUCAAGGCAAUGGGGAUGUUGAGAAUGUGGAAAUAGUACCUCCUGAAACAGACUUCCAAUCACGGACAGUAUAUGGAAAUGUUGAAGGGACAGUUACAACUGUCUCACAAAAUGUAGGUUCGAAGACUAAUCCCUAUUCUGCAAAUAAAGCACUGAACCGCAAACAUCAUAAUGCAUAUCAGUCAAAACCAACAGUUGAUGCUGCCACAAACAGAGGCUAUACAUUACCUGCAGGUUCUUCAGAAGCAAAUGGUAAGACUGAUCCAAAAAGUCUUGCUGUCAGGACUAGAAGAACUGUAGAUGACACAGAGGACACUGUCAAUCUUGAGACAGUGCCUGAUAACAAAGAACGUCCAGAUUUUGUGGAAAUGCAACAGUCUGUUCUAGAACGGAAAUCGGUGUCUCCCAUGCCAAGACUUCACACUGUACCGGUUGGACAGGAUGCUGCAGCACGCUCCCCCUCGACUUGGGGUCACGGACAACAACCACACGGGACUUACUACAGUCCUGAGAAUCAAGAGGUGGCUCCAGUCUCUGGAUCGAGAGCACCUGGGCCAGAUCGUGAUCAGUACUUGGAAACUGGACAGUUAUCAGAAGAAACUCCUACACCUCCACCUGGUCUGCACAGAAUGAUCCCAGGAGAGGGUGGUGCUCCACCUCCCGGUCUCCGCCGCAUGGUGCCGGGGGAGUGCAGUAGCCCAGACACUUCAGUGCAAAGUACCUCGGCCACUGAGGCUAGAGUUGUCACUGGUGUUGCUCGUGAUGACAACUUACAGUUGCCCGUACAGUCAUCUGGAAGUAGAGUGGCAAGUGAAACCAACACUUCAGUUGCAGAGCCAGCUGUUGCUUCUGGUGGUUUGACUCAACCACCGUCAGAGAGGAGUGAAACAAUUGGUUCUGAUAAUGUUGAUUCAUAUUCACUGCAAACAACAGAUUCAGCUUCAAGGGAAUCGAGUAACAUACGGAGAGAGGUCAGCACCAAAGAGCGUGAACGACGUGUGGCAGAUGAUCAAGAUGUGCAAGAUAGAGAACUCCGCAGGCACGAAUAUUACGACUCUCACAGCCAGUCACCCGGGCGUUAUCGUGAUGAAAGGGAACCGAGGCGAUCAUAUGAACAUGAUAGACCUCACGAAUCUGAAGACAGAGGGCAUUAUCGUCGUCGAUCACGGGAGGAUGAGCGUGGAGGACGUCGUAGAGGAAGCUAUGAAAGAUCAGAAGAUGAAGCAGACACAGAAGAUUGUUUAAGUGACCGUGAUAGACGUGAAAGACCUGUACCACGAGAAGGGUAUGAGAGGUAUAGAAGACGUGGGGACAGAGAGAGAGAUGAAAGGGAAGGACAGGAAAAGCGAAAUAGGGAACGUGCAGAUCACAGAUCAUCAGGGAGGGAGCGUGAGAGGAGACGACAUGAUAGAGACAGAACAGAUUUUGGAAGAGAUGAAUAUUAUGGAAGGUACUAUGAUGAUGAUCCAUACAAAAGGGAGAACCAUCGGUCACGUCCAACGAGUAGGUCCGGUUCUAGACCUGACUAUGAUGAUUAUCGAAGACCAGACUACCACGGAUAUGGUUAUGGUUAUUAUGGACGACCUGCUUUGGAUCGUUAUCAUUAUGAGGCAUACUAUAGUUAUAAAUAUUAUGAAAACCUCAGGAGAACAAACCCAGCUGCAUAUGCUGAUUGGUAUGCAAAGUAUUAUGGGGAUCAGCAGCAGUAUCAACAAGGUGUAUACUCUGAAGACAGAGGCAGUGUUCAUUCUGGUCGCAGCUCUGAAAAUGAUGACAGAUACAGAACAGGACAGUAUCAUCAUCAUGAUUACUACCGGUCAUCAUCUAUUCUCUCUGACUAUGGUGCUAGGAGGCCACGUGAGCAAUCUGAACCUUCAGUCCUGGAAGGAACAGCAAGUACCACUCCCCAGCGUCUAACACCUGUGAAAUUUAUGGCCGCUCAUGUCAAAGGAGUGUGGACCACAAGAGGUCGAAUGUUGAAAAUUCUGCCUCAGUGCCCCCUAGAAGGGCAGCCUGCUGUCAUAGAGAUAUGUGAUAUUUCUCAUAUGAUCCCUGACAGUGAUUUAGAAGAUUAUCCUGGCCCACUUAUUAGGGAUGUUACACAUAAAAAUUCAUUAAUUUCAUUCUGCUCACGUAAGAUCAAAAAGGCAGAACGUGAUCCCAACUUGUACGAUCGAGGCUCAGUUAUAUUACUUUGGCGACUUCUGAUACUCUUGUUAAGGCAAAAUGGGACAGUAGUUGGAGCGGAUAUAGCAGAGCUGCUUGUUUCGUGCUCUUCUUCUUCAUCAUCAUCUUCAACAAGUUCACUUGCUGGGAAUCCUGUUGUUCCUCAGCAGAAUGUAUGUGAGGUCCGUACAGAUGAGCAAAUGAAUAAGAAAUGUGAAGAAGAUGUGACAAACCAAUUUCGAGAAUAUUUGUUAUAUGGCAACACAAAGGAAGCACUGGAAUGGGCAAUGAAGCAUGGUCUCUGGGGACAUGCUUUAUUCCUUGCCUCAAAAAUGGAUAAGCGAACACAUGCUCAGGUCAUGAUGAGAUUUGCCAAUGGUCUGAAGAUGAAUGAUCCUUUACAGACAUUAUAUCAGCUUAUGUCUGGUCGUCAACCCGCUGCUGUUACAUGCUGUGCAGAUGAGGAGUGGGGUGACUGGAAACCACAUUUGGCAAUGAUAUUAUCAAAUUCGACACAACGACCAGAACUCGACCAUAAAGCAAUUACUACUCUUGGAGACACUUUAGGAGCCAGAGGUUGCCUCCAUGCAGCGCAUUUUUGUUAUCUCAUGGCUCAGCUCCCAUUUGGUAUUUAUUCCAACAAAGCUUCAAAACUUGUUUUGAUUGGCUCUUCCCAUGUAAAACCAUUCAUGGAAUUUGCCACUAAUGAAGCUAUUCAAAUGACAGAAAUAUACAUAUACGCAUGCCAACUAGCAAAUACAAAUUUUGAACUUCCACAAUUCGAGGCAUACAAAUUACUAUAUGCCCUUCGUUUAGCUGAGAGAGGCAUGGUUACAGAAGCAAUACAUUACAUAGAAGUUUUGGCAAACACAGUUAUGCAGUCAACCAUUCAGUAUCCUCUAUCAUUCUUAAAACAAAUAUAUGAUGCAGGCAACCUUUUGAAAUACAGUGACCCUGUUUAUACUAGUGGAGUUGAGGACAACACUGAAAGAGAUCCUGCUUGGUUGCAAGAGUUGGAGAAAUUUAUCUUGAACUAUGGAGUUAUGUAUGUAAAUCAGGAAGACAAUGGUUCCAAUAUGAGUUCAGUGGAACAACUACCACCCACUUACCUGCCUGCUGAAACAACAGAAGAAAUGAUGCAGCCAAUUCAGGAAUCUUCACAUUAUGGGGAUGGAUGGCAACAAGAACAAUAUUCUGUCUACCAAGCACCACAGAACCCUAACUGGGCUCAAGAAACAACAUCCUAUGAGAAUUCACUAACUGGUGUUGAAGAAACAGCCAAACCUGCAGAACAGACAGAAUAUUGGAACCACCCUUCAGAACCUACAGCCCAGUUAGAUGCACAGAAUGUAAUGACAUCACAUGUUCCCACACAGGAAGUUUCUAAUGAAUGGGAGCCCAUAAGUAGUAAUAAAGAGAAAACUGAACCUGGAAGUCCUGCAUCAUCUCCUUCUGCCAAGGCCAAGCUGAAGGUGGAACCAACAAAACCAGUAGCAAGCAGUUCAUGGUUUGGAGGUUUAUGGAACAAACUGAGUCUUCGGCCGAAGAAUCAAAUGAAGCUUCCAGAUGACAAGAAUCCAUCAAUUGUUUGGAACCCAGAAAAAAAUAGAUGGACUAAUUUAGAUGCCGAUGAUGAUGAUGCUGGUUCUGAUGUUCCUCCUCCUCCAAAGAUGGAAAUGAACAGAACACCCACCCCCUUAACUAAUGUUCAAGAACCACAAAACAAAUACAAGAUGAACAGAGGGAGAAGUCUGCGUGCAAACUAUGUGGAUGUUCUAGGCAGUAGCAAAACUCCCAAUCAAACAAUAAAAUCAGACUUAUUCCCUUCAGUCAGCUCAACACAAGCAUCCACUACUUACUUCAUCCCAGCUCCAGCUGAUGAAAAUGCACCGACGGACUUUCUCACUUCUGCAUCAAGUGUAGAUGCAGAGGGUGAUGUCACCCAAGAAUCAUCAUCUGUAGCUGCAACAGGAAACAACUACAGCAUUCCUCCAAUGUACGAUCCCAACAGCCCAAACUACCCAGCUGCAGCAGUAACAUCGACGACGACAGCAGCAGCAGCAACAGCAGCUAGAAUCUUAUAUCCUAACUGACUGUGCUGGCCUCUUCCACUUGAUUAUUUAUCUGUUGUCUAUAUGGUUUCUGUAAAAAAAUCCUUUUGGUAUUCAUUAGUUUCUUAAAGUUCUCUCUCUCUGUUCUACUUUUUAAAUGAUUUUGGAUUUGUUUAUCCAUGUGUACAUGAGUGUUCUGUUUUACUGGUUUUUAUCUUUUUUUCCAUAUAAAUGUUGUUUUGUUAUGUCAAUGGAUGUUCUGUGAUAAAAAAAUGUAUAGUACAAUAUCCAUAAAUGAAGUAUUCAGUUGCCUGUUAAGUUCACUAUAAUGUAAUAUUUCUGAAAUAUUUUUGAGCAUGUGCUGGAAGUUUAUAAGUUCAUUCAUUUUUGCGUGUCUUACAAUUAUUUCACUAAGAAAUUUUUGUGAUAAUUUCAUUUGAAAACAAUAUACACGAAUUAGCUAUUUUAAUUAAAAUUCAAAGAAUGGUGCUGUAUGAGUGGUGUCGUGGAUACAAUGGUGUCGUGGAUACAAUAUUCUCUCUCUCUCUCUCUCUCUCUCUCUCUCUCUCUCUCUCUCUCUCUCUCUCUGUGUGUGUGUGUGUGUGUGUGUGUGUGUGUGUGUGUGUGUGUGUGUAGAGAGAGAAAGAGAGAGAGAGAGAGAGAGCUGAAAUAAAUUUGAUGGAUUGAUGGGGAAAAAAAAAGUGAAGAUGAAAUGAUGUAGCUACAAAUCCUUCAGGUUUGCUGGACCUGCAGUGUGAUAUAUUUAAAUGUUUUUAACUAAAAGCUAUGUGUGUUACAGAUAAUAGCAAUAUAAGAUUGGCUGCCAAACACAUUAGACAGUUGUGAAGAGAUGGUGGUAACAUAUCAAAGCGGAUAACAAAUUGACUUUAUUGUUUAAGGAAAAUGCUGGAAAACUAUAUAUGAGAAGAAAAAGAGGGCGAAUGGUAUGUCGGAUGUUUCACAGUUUUAGAUGUCAGUGAUCGUCUCAAACUGGAUCAGGGGUGUGAAUGGAACAAAAGACAAGUGGCAUGAUGACUGUGGAUCUCAACUGCACUUGAGUUUAAAGUGUUAAUGCACAGAUAAUGAGAAUGAAUGCUCCAAAACUAGCUACAAUAAGGUAAUAUUAUUUUUAAUAUUUUACACAACAGGCCUGUCUCGGCUUAUUGCCAUUAUCACGUGACCUGCAAAGAUAACAUUGGUAAGAUUAUGUAUAAAUAAAUAAUGGCUGUUUUAUGUUUACAUUUGCAUUGAUACUUACAUCUAGUUGGAAGUGAUGGCCAUAUUACAUCUAUAGAGUGUGUGUGUGUGUGUGUGUGUGUGUGUGUGUGUGUGUUUUAUAUAUAUUUGGUCAUUUCCUGAUAAGUAUAAUACUUUUAUUGUUAGGAAACAUAAAAUAUACGUUUGUCAGAUAUUUUGACAGUUCAAGUUUCACAGUUCUUUACUAUGAUUCUGUGUGUUUUCAAAGUAUAUACAGUUACACAAAAUACUGAAAGGACUUACUGUGAACAUUCUCAAAGAACUGGAGAUUUAUAUUCAUACAAGGAAAUAUCUGCACAAAAUUCUAAAUGAACACUUAGAUUUUAAACAUAAAUACUAUCUCAAAAACUUCAUUGACCUAAUAGAAUGCAAAAUGAAAUAGCCAUAUGGUUAACAAAACUUACACAGACCAUAGAUAAAAUUUAAAGGAAAGUAAGAAAAGUGCAAUGUAACAUCAUCUCUGAUAAGUUGUAUAUACUUCGUAAACAUAUAACAUCGUAGUAAAGAACUGUAAACUUCAAUUGUCUGAACAUCUGACAAAAACAUAUAUUUUAUAUUUCAUAACAAUAAAAAGUAUUAUACUUACCAAGAAACGACAGAAAAAAAUUACUAUAAAUGCAAUAUAGUCAUCACUUCUAAUUAGACACAAGUACCAAUACAAAUGUAUUCAUAAAACAAUCACAACUGAUGUAUAGAUAAACCUACCAAUAUUAAUUUCACAGGUCACUUCAUGCUGACAGUAGGCCGAAUCAGGUCUGUCAUUUGGAAUAUUAAAAAAAAUAUGUAUAUGUUACCUUACUACAGCUGGGUUUGGAGAAUUCAUUUCCAUUAUGUCUUAUACUGACAUAUACUAUGCUGCAGGCCCAAUGGAAUGUACAGCACAGAUAGUGGUUGAUUUUGGAUUUUUAUGGAUUUAUUAGGAAUAUUUCUAUGAAAAUUCUCUCAUUUUCUGUGUGUGUCAUCUGUUUGUGUCCAUUCUUUACAAUGUCAUUUCAGUGAUGGACAUUCAUGUCUUUGAAACUAAGUGCACUGGAGCUGAUGACCACAGUCUUUCUUUAAAUGAUUGCCUUCCAAUAUCAGAUCCUGAGUGGUUCUUGUUUAGCAGGUGUAAAGGAUGUAACUUGCUACAUAUGUAUGUUUUAUAUGUACCUAUUGCUGAUGAGCGAACUGCAGUUCCAUAAUGGGAGUUAAGCUGUUAUGUGUAUGUGAGAAACAGGGUGCAUACUAAGAUAUUAUUAUUAUUAUUAUUAUUGUUAUUGUUAUCGUCAUCAUCAUCAUCAUAAUUAUUAUUAUUAUUAUUAUUAUUAUUAUUUGUACUUCAAAUUCUGUGAGAAGUCAGAAAUCCAUUUUUGUGAAAUCUCAAGAGUCUUUUCAUGGGAGACUGGUAAAAGAAUAUUCGAGGAACAAAAUAUAAUUUACAUGAUA